AUGGCUCUUGAGGGCCAUUUUACCUGCCAUGGUUUCAUCUUACGGGAAGGACACGUGUCCUUGGUCAGAGAGAUAAAGGAGCAGAUGGAUGCUAAGCCCGGAGCGCUGGUGCUUUCGGUAGGAGGCGGAGGCAUGCUGUGUGGGGUGAUUCGGGGCCUCCGUGAAGUGGGCUGGGAUGACGUACCCAUCAUCGCCUCCGAGACGGAAGGUGCCCACAGCCUGCAUGCUGCCUUGGCGGCUGGGAAGUUGGUGACGCUUCCCAAAAUCACCAGCAUUGCAACAACGCUUGGGGCCAGCACUGUGGCUGCAGAGGCUCUGAAGCUGGCUCAAGAGCACCCCGUCUUCUCGGUGGUUGUCACAGAUCAGGAGGCGGUCGUGGCCAUUGAGAAGUUUUUAGAUGAUGAGAAGAUCUUGGUGGAACCAGCAUGCGGGGCCACCUUGGCCGUGGUCUACGGCGGACUAGUCGAACGGCUGCAAGCGGAGGGCAAGUUGACCCCCCGGCUGGACUCCCUAGUGGUUAUUGUGUGCGGCGGUAACAACAUCUCCCUGGCGCAGCUGCAAAACCUCAAGGAACAACUGGGCCUGCAGAACCACAGGGACCAAAGAGGGCAGGAGGACUUGACAGAGAGCCAGGUUUCAGUGGCCAUGUGGGGCAUCGGGGCACAAAGCAAGGCCGGCGGCACGCUGCAGGCUUCGCUCCGAACAUGUUGGAAACCGUGCGCUUAUUAAAAACUCCUUAGGUGCCCCAUU